AUGGCCUUGGAGGCAGACAGCGACAGAGGUUCAUCGAGAAGCGCUCAUGAAAAAUAUCCCCGGGCUGCGUUGGAGCGCAACGGCUACGUGAAGACAUGUGUCACGCCGCUGCACCAGGACGCAGGGAGCCAGUCGUGGCUGAGUGUCGCCGUGACAUGGACUCGCCGAGGAGUGUCGUCUGCUGUCUGCGUUGCCUCCGUCUCCGUUAUUCUCGCUCUGCUGCUCAGAUUGGUCGACUGGGAUGCAGGCAGGAGCGGAAAUAGCUCGGGUUCUAGUCUUCAUUUCGCGGCGGGCUGCGCUGUGGAGCUGCUUUUCACUGCGUGUAACUGCAUCUACCCUCUUUUUACACUCGUAUGUGCCUUCUUCUGGGUCGGGCUGUAUCUGAUCCGCUGCGGGGUGCUCAUCCGGACCGCCGUGUUUCUGUUAGCGGUCUGCCACUUGGGCGAAGCCGCGGCACAGUCGCUCCUGCGCGGCGCCGAGGAGCAGCUGCUCUCCCUCCCCGCGACCCUGGUAGUCCUCGGCUGCCUGGGCAGCGGGGCUCUGCUUGUCGUCCGCCUGCGCCAGGGAGUGUCCAUCCUCGUCUUCAUCAGCGUCAUCAGGGCCGUCUCCCUCGUCUCUCUGAGCAGGGUCCGGGCCAGCUGGAGACCCUACCUGGCCUACCUGCUGGGGCUGUUGGGGGUUUUGCUUGCGAGGUAUGCUGACCGGCUCCUGCCGGCCUCAGGGACCAGCGGGACGGGGUGCUGUGGCUCUGUGACCGGGGCGAAGGAGGAGGACAUCCCUGUCUUCAAAAGGAGACGGAGGUCCAGCUCCAUAGCGGCCUCGGAAAUGAUGGCUCACAGUCAGAGCAACAGCAAGUCCCACCGCAGGACUUCGCUGCCAUGUAUUCCGCGGGACCAGAUGAUGUGCCAGCAAGAGUGGGACUACAAGAGAGCUCUGAGCAGAUCCCAGUCCUCAGGCACCAGUGUGAUUGUGGACAUUGCGGUGAUGGGGGAGGCGCACGGUUUGAUCUCAGACCUGCUGGCCGACCCCUCUCUGCCCCCGAACACCUGCACAUCUCUGAAGGCCGUUAGCAACCUCCUCAGCACCCAGAUCAGCCUGCAGCCGCUCCACCGGCCCCGCCUCCCCGCAGACACACACACUUGCUCUGACUCGGAGGAAGGUCCAGACAAAACCGACAGACUGGCUAUCCCAAAGCGUCUGAGGCGGAGUCUCCCCCCAGGAUUGCUUAGGAGAAUAUCAUCAACUUGGACCACGACCACCUCAGCUACAGGGCUGCCUACCAUCGAGCCCGGGCCUGUACGCAGAGACCGCUCAGCCAGCAUCAAACACACCACAGAGAGUGAAACAUGGAACAACUCGAUGAUGAUGACAAUCUCAAAGGGUCGCUCUAUGUCUGCCUCCUAUGCUGCCUCUGUCACCUCCAACCACAUCUACAGCAAACCACUGGGAAGACCAGGUUUCCCUCCCACCAACGUGUCACCUCUGAGCUCUCCCUGCCCAUCUCCACCUGUCCAGGGCACUCCAGUCUCCAGCCCCACCUCAAAGUCAUGUUUAGUGCAGCUGCCUGAGCCUGCUGGGCCCCUGACAGAGCGGGCCCCUGGCCCUGUGGCCCCUAAGAGCCACCACAGAGCCUUAACCCACAGUCAGAGUGCCCCAAGCUCCACAACACCUCAUUGGCGGCCUCCAUCACUCUGUGGCAGCUGUGGCAGGCCAUUUAACAAUCGACUCAACCAUGGUGUAGACUCUACAGACAAAGGAGACAGAAUACCCCAUCCAGAUGAGCGCGCUGUAGCAUCUUCAGACUACGACAGCACCUAUGACAGCACUUAUGAGACCAACCACAGUGACAGCAGUGACUUUGCACAGAAUGAGGAGGAGGGAGAGGGAGGCAAGAAGCCUCCUGAAGCAAGGGAAGGAUGCAGGGAGUAUUUGGCAGAGGGUAUCAUACUUCACCCACUCCUGCCAUCACCAGAGGACAAACCAGUCUUGGUGCCUGAGCCUCUCGUGAUGCCGGCUCUGGAGCCACUUAUGAAUCAGCUCAACAAUUGGAACUUUCCCAUUUUCAGUCUAGUAGAAAAAACACACGGCAAAACAGGCUGCAUCCUCAGUCAGGUUUCCUAUCUCCUCUUUGAGGACACGGGUCUGUUUGAGACCUUCAGAAUUCCUGUACAAGAGUUCAUGAACUACUUCCGGGCUUUGGAGAAUGGGUACAGGGUCAUCCCUUAUCACAACCGGAUCCAUGCCACUGAUGUGCUUCAUGCUGUUUGGUACCUCACCACUCAGCCUGUGCCCGGCCUGCCCACCCUGCUCACUGAGAACGGGAUACACACUGACUCAGAGAACGGCAUAACACCUGGUGCUGCAGGCUUUGUGGUGUCUAAGAUGAACUCUGCCCAGACGGAGGGAUAUGGCUCUCUGGCAGGUCUUAUCCCUGGUCUUGAGCUCAUGGCUCUGUAUGUAGCUGCUGCCAUGCACGACUAUGACCAUCCUGGAAGAACCAAUGCCUUUCUCGUAGCUACUAGUGCACCACAGGCUCUUCUAUACAACGAUCGUUCAGUUUUGGAAAAUCAUCACGCGGCCGCAGCAUGGAACCUCUUCAUGUCUCGACCUGAGUACAACUUCUUGAUUAAUCUCGAACAUGUGGAGUUCAAGCGCUUCCGCUUCCUUGUCAUUGAAGCCAUCCUGGCCACAGACCUCAAAAAGCACUUUGACUUUCUUGCAGAGUUUAAUGCAAAGGUGGGGGAUGAAGGAGUGUCAGGUAUUGAUUGGACCAAUGAGAACGAUCGAAUGCUGGUGUGUCAGAUGUGCAUCAAGCUGGCUGAUGUCAAUGGACCACUGAAGUGUAAGGAGCUGCACCUGCAGUGGACCGAGGGGAUCGUCAACGAGUUCUACGAACAGGGUGAUGAAGAAGCAAGCCUUGGUCUUCCCAUAAGCCCAUUUAUGGACCGGUCUGCUCCACAGCUCGCCAAACUACAAGAGUCGUUCAUAACUCACAUAGUGGGACCUCUGUGCUCUUCCUAUGACUCCGCUGCUCUCAUGCCAGGACGCUGGGUGGACCCACCUGAGGGGGAGAUGGAGCUGGAGGAGGUGAAGGAAGGACAAGACACGGAGGAAGAGGAGGAGGUGGCAGAUGAAGAUGCAUCAACAAGUUCUGAAACUUCCCAGCGGCAAGAAACCAAAAAGGCGAACAGAAGAAAAGUGUUUUGCCAGAUCACACAGCAUCUUCUAGAAAACCAUGAAAUGUGGAAAAGGAUCAUAGCUGCAGAAAACCAGGAGGAGGCACAAAAAGAGGAGAACUGUAUCAGCAGCACAACUGAUCCAAUCACAGCCAUUCAUGAGGAAGAGGAGGAGCAAACAAGCAAAGAGGAGGAUUCUCCUGAAGGCCUUGAUGAUAGGGAAGAGGUGCCAGCUAUAGAGGAAGAAGAAAUCCUUCCAGAAUCAGAGACUUCAGGGGACAAAGAGGAGGAACCAGAGUGAUAUCAUGAACUUCCUAGUUAAACAGGACUAUGAACGUUGUCUAAAAAUGUUUCUUUUCUAACAGAACUCUUGAUAUGGUAGCCAGCACAUCACUUUGACACAACACUGUAGAAGAUAUUUUGGGUAAUACGUGCCUAACAAUAAUACUGGGUUUGAGGACAGGGAUGAUGCAUGCCCAGUUCCUCUGACAUGGAGAGAAGAGUGAGAUGAGCAAAAGAUGACAUGACUGUGGAAGAAAAAGAGUGAAUGGGACAGUCUUUGUUUUUGUUAUUGUGUUGGUUUCAGUCUGGAUCUGGUGCCCUGCCCUCACCCAGGCUGCCCAUCCUGCACUACAGGCCAACCACGCUCAUUCACAGAUUCACUCCACCAGUGAGUAAUACACUGUCACGAGUCUCCAUGCCCCCCCCCCCCAUUCCGUUACUCCUAUGCUGUCAGUACACUGUGGAGACACCCAGCUGGUUGAGGAUGUGCAUCAAGCCCCCUUUCCUUGAAGACAAUGGGAUGAAAGCCAGGGAAAAAGCUGUGUCCACUGAGGCUCGGCCGUGUGGAUCUCACAGGGAGACUGAAAAAGGGCCAGUUGUAAUACAUUGUGUAUACAGACACACACAGUCCAAUUCAGUACAGUAAAAACACAUUCCAUAUUCAGAACUGAUAGGAAGUCAAACAAAGAACCCUGCUGCUAUAAAAGCUUUAUUCUUGCUCAAGGGAAAACAUACAAAACAAGGUUUUGUUCAUGUCAAACAAUGUCUGUCUUUAGUUGCAUAUUUUCUCUUAGUCUUUGUUACUCAAAGCCAGUCCAGCACACCUACACAUCUCCAGUCCACACAACUCAGGAAAGUAGAAUACUGUAGAAAAACAAGGACUUGCAGUGUCCUUGUCCUUUACUUGUAGCUUGAUUUUCUGUUUGCUCUAUUUAAGACAGCUUUGACUUCUGAUAUCCAACAGGCAUUGCUCUUUGUGUAAGGAAACUCAAGGGAAACAGAAGCAUUGAUGACACUAAACUGUAUAUCCCCCUUCUAUUUAUUUUUUUCAUACUCAUUCACUUAUAACCAGGAAGACCAUAGCACUAACUCUGUGACCAGGAAGACCAUAGCACUAACUCUGUGGAAAACCAACUCACAAGACAAAUUUAAAAUAACAUGUUAAAGUGUUAGGCAAAUGUCACUUAUCUACACUUUUAGGUCACCUCUCAGCUUGCUUGCUUACUUUGUACAGUGAUGAUGUUCAGAACAGCAAGAAAUUGUUCUUUUUGUGCGCUGUAAUUUAGGUAUGUAGGCCAAAUGUUUCAAAAAGUAAUCCAGUAAGCCAUAUGGGCCUGGGCCAGUGCUGACUCACAGCCACCAAUCACCCAAGAGGAUUUACAUCAAUAAGAAAUUGCCCACAUUAGAUAUUACAGAUUGUGCAAUAUUUGUUUUAUUUAUUGCAUUAAAAGAUUAAAUCAGAUACAGUACUUACCAAAAGUAUUAUUUUAUCCUUUUACCGAUUUAAUGACUCAGUCAUGGUCAGUAUGAUUUCACUUUUUGGACAAAAAAACCCCUCUUGAAUGGCAAAGUGAAAACAAAUUUCUACACUGUGAUGUCAAUGGAAUAAAAAUCUGCCAGGUAAAUGACUGCAUAAAUAUUCACCCCUUUCAAGUCAGUAUUUAGUAAAUGCACCUUUGGCUGCAAUCACAGCACUGAGUCUAUGUGGAUAGGUCUCAAUCAGACUUGCACAUCUGGACAUGUCAAUUUCACUUCAUUCUCCUUAGCAAGACUUCUCAAGCUCUGUCAGGUUACAUGGGGAUCAGGUGUGAACAGCGCUUUUCAAGUCCAGUUAAAAAUUCUCUUUUGGAUUGAUGUCUGGGCUCUGACUCAGCCACUCUAGAACAUUCAUCUUGUUGUCUUUAAACUAAAUCUGUGUAGCUUUCGCUCUAUGCUUCAGGUCCUUGUCU